AUGGCUCCCAAACGCCGUCUCGCUGGGUCGCAGCCAGAUGAACAGAUGACCAAACGUGCAAAGAGCUCAGCUACACCUUCGCGACCAGCAACACCUUCGCGAUCAGUAACACCUGCAGAUACGAGCCCCAAGAUGCCAUUCAAGGUCGAAUACCCGCCCUCCAGCACUGGCCGGACCCUCACGCAGGCUCAAAGAGAUUUGAUCCGCUUCGCCGAGUUUCAGGUCAGCCCGUUCAAGGCAAAAGGUGCGAAGAAAGAAGGGGAAAUGGAUCAGAGCUAUCUCGUUACGCCGCAUAAAGAGUGGGAGAGCAUGAAGAAGUAUAGUAACUUCAUCAUUGAAGGAGAGACGUACAAGAAUGUUGAUACGGUAUUUGUAAGGGGAGAGGGUACACCGAAGGACAAUAACACAGAGGGCAAGCCAAAGGAUUUCUGGGUUGCUAGGGUGUUAGAAGUAAGAGCCAAGAAUGCUCAGCAUGUCUAUGCGCUGGUUACUUGGCUGUACUGGCCUGAAGAACUCCCUCCACCGGCCACUAAAUCAGCAGACCAGGUCAACAGAGAGUCAGGCAAACGAACGUACCACGGCCGCAACGAAGUGGUUGCGUCGAACUACAUGGAAGUUCUGGAUGUGCUCUCGUUCGCUGGCAAGGCAGAAAUAACUCAAUGGCUGGAAGAAGACGACGCACCCCAAAGUUCGCUCUAUUGGCGGCAAACGUACAACCGGAGUACACGCGAGCUUUCUGCCUUGAAGAAGCGAUGCUUAUGUGGUGGACACGAGAACCCGGACGUACCAAUGAUGAUCUGCGACAAUUCUCAAUGCAAAACUUAUUUCCACAUCAACCAUCUAGAAGAUGCUGUGGCAAAGGUGAUAUAUGAGCGUGAGAUUGAUGACAAACCAACCAAGGGAAAGGGCAAGGCACCAUGGAAGAGAUUCUUCAGUGUGGUGGUAGAUGAGCCUCCGAACGACCACCCUAAAGCUGUUGUGAAGAGUCUUCAAGCUGACAAGAAGAACUGGGAGGAGCGGCUUAAGUGUCCAAUCUGCGACCAUCCGUUUGAGCAAGCGAGCCCUUGA